AUGUGCAAAGGUUUACAACAAGGAAACCCAUCAAGUUCUCUUCUGAAAGAGCGUGUCUUACCUAAUGGAAACAGGGCUUCAGGCUUGGUGAAUUGUGAGCUGUGCAACUCCAGGGCCUCCUUGUAUUGCCAAGCUGAUGAUGCAUAUCUCUGUAUGAAAUGCGACAAACGGGUUCAUGAAGCUAAUUUCUUAGCUCGCAGGCACAUCAGGUGCUUCCUUUGCCAUACAUGUCAAAAUCUAACGCAGAGAUAUCUCAUCGGAGCUUCACAUGAGGUGCUGCUAUCAACAAUGUUUUUCUUCUAUCUCUUAUGCAACUUUUGGAUAUGGGGAUCUUAUCUGGUUAGUCUGCGCUAUAUUCGUAUCAUUGUGGAAGAUAUGGAAGAAACAGAUUCCUGA